CGGUCCUGAGGCUGUGUGCAGGGAAGGAAACGGAGAAGGCGGAUGCUGAGAAGAGUCUCUCUCCAUAAGGAUCUCGUCCUGGAUAUAUUCGGUUUUUUUCUUAAUGCAUGUGUGAUGUUAUCCGUCGCUUUUUCGAGCACCACCCAUUUAGAGCCACCAGCCUGUCUCUGAGCUGUCAAUCCAAUCACACCGGGGGCUCUACAUGUGAGUGCAUGGCGCACCCGGCAGGGCGGAUCUGCUCCAGGAGGGCUAAAAAAGCCGGUUAAAAUGGAUAAAAGGUCAGCCAUCAUCUAUUCAUCCCGAUGCCUCUCAUAAGGAAUGGCCACUAAAGGGUUGGAAACGCGUGUUUGAUGCGGGAGGAAUGCAGUUUAACGGGACUCGUGUGCGCAUCUUGGAUUGGAUUGGCUGCGUGGCUGCGCGGCGUUAUUAGGCCCCUUCUUCUCAUUCAUUUGGUCCUCAGGUCCCUCACCGACACGUCCCCCCCUUUUCCUAAUCCUGGUGUAGCGACAGUCUCCCAUAGCGUCGGCCGGAGCGCAGAGCAGGGAAGAUGAUGUGCGAAGUGAUGCCGACCAUCAGCGAGGGAGACUCGGCCGGUCCUCCGAGAGGCACCGGCAGCAUCCCGAACGGCUCGGAUCAGGAGGCCAACUUCGAGCAGCUGAUGGUCAACAUGCUGGAUGAGAGAGACAAGCUGCUGGAGUCUCUCAGAGAGACGCAGGAGACCCUCAUCCAGUCUCAGGCUAAGCUCCAGGGGGCGCUACACGAAAGGGACAUGCUCCAGCGGCAGAUCAAUGCCGCGCUGCCUCAGGAGUUUGCCACUCUGACCAAGGAGCUGAACAUAUGCCGGGAGCAGCUGCUGGAGAAAGAGGAGGAAAUAUCGGAGCUAAAAGCUGAAAGGAACAACACCAGGCUGCUGUUGGAGCACCUGGAGUGUCUGGUGUCUCGUCAUGAACGCAGCCUCAGGAUGACAGUGGUGAAGAGACAGGCGCCACCGCCAUCUGGAGUCUCCAGCGAGGUGGAGGUCCUGAAAGCUCUGAAGUCUCUGUUUGAACACCACAAGGCCCUGGAUGAAAAGGUACGAGAGAGGCUGCGGGUGGCUCUAGAGAGGGUGGCAACCCUGGAGGGGCAACUAGCAUCUACCACCCAGGAGUUAAACGCAGCAAGGCAGAGGAAGGAUGGUGAUUCAGGAGAGCGAACAGAUGGAUCCAAGCCUACAUGGAAGAGACUUCCAAACGGCUCUAUAGACGCCCACGAUGACGGCGGCCGGGUGUCUGAGCUUCAGGAGCUACUGGAUCGGACCAAUAAGGAGCUGGCUCAGAGUCGAGAGCAUGCAUCUUCUCUAAACGCCCGUAUGGCGGAGCUUGAGGCGGAGCUAGCCAAUGCCCGUCGAGAACUGAGCCGUAGCGAGGAGCUGUCAAUCAAACAACAGAGGGAGCAGAGGGAGAGAGAGGAUUUGGAGGAAAGAAUCACAACUUUGGAGAAACGCUACCUGGCUGCCCAGCGAGAGACCACCCACAUCCACGACCUCAAUGACAAACUGGAGAAUGAACUGGCCACCAAAGAUUCGCUGCACAGACAGAGUGAGGAGAAGGUGCGUCAGCUGCAAGAGAUGCUGGAGAUGGCAGAGCAGCGUUUGGCUCAGACCAUGAGGAAGGCUGAGACUCUGCCAGAGGUCGAAGCUGAACUGGCUCAGAGAGUUGCAGCACUAACCAAGGCUGAGGAGCGGCAUGGAAAUGUGGAGGAGAGGCUUCGACAGCUGGAGUCCCAACUGGAGGAGAAAAACCAAGAGCUUGCCAGAGCUCGUCAGAGGGAGAAGAUGAACGAGGAGCACAACAAGCGUUUGUCUGAUACCGUGGACCGUCUGCUGACGGAGUCCAAUGAACGUUUGCAGCUCCAUCUGAAGGAGCGCAUGGCCGCCCUGGAGGACAAGAAUGCUCUCAUUCAGGACCUAGAGAACUGCCAGAAACAGCUGGAGGAGUUCCACCACACCAGGGAACGGCUGAUUGGAGAGAUUGACAAGCUGAGAAACGAGAUUGACCAUCUGAAACGCCGCAGUGGAGCGUUUGGAGAUGGAACUCAUCCUCGGUCUCACUUGGGAAGCGCCAGCGACCUCCGCUUCUCUGUGGUGGAGGGUCAGGACGGCCACUACAGCACAACUGUGAUCCGGCGGGCGCAGAAGGGCCGACUGUCGGCUCUACGAGACGAUCCAAACAAGGUGUGUGCCAUGUUUGAGCAGGAUUACCCGUCUCUACGCGGGAGCAUCAGCCACCUCCUCGGCAGUGACAUCGAGGCAGAGUCGGACAUGGACGACGACGUGAGCUCGACGCUGCUCUCACCUAGCGGCCAAUCAGACGCUCAGACUCUUGCUCUCAUGCUGCAGGAGCAGCUUGAUGCCAUCAAUGAGGAGAUAAGGAUGAUCCAGGUAGAGAGAGAAUCCGCUGAGCUGCGCUCUGAGGAGAUCGAGUCCCGUGUGAACAGCGGCAGCAUGGACGGCCUCAACGUGACCCUGAGACCGCGAGCUCUGCCCACCUCCGCCACCGCCCAGUCCCUGGCAUCAUCCUCCUCCCCACCCAACAGCGGCCACUCCACGCCUAAGCAUCAUGGACGCAAUGCCAGCCACCAUCUAGGAAUCAUGACUCUGCCAAGUGACUUAAGGAAGCACAGAAGGAAAGUGGCUUCUCCUGUGGAAGUGGACAAAGCGACCAUCAAGUGCGAGACAUCCCCUCCGUCCUCCCCUCGAAGUUUACGGCUGGAAACCAACUUUGCUCAGUUCACAGGCAGCCUGGAGGAUGGGCGAGGCAAACAGAAGAAAGGUAUCAAGUCAUCUAUCGGUCGGUUGUUUGGGAAGAAGGAGAAAGGUCGAAUGGACCAGACUGUUAGCAGGGAUGGACAGUCUCUACCAGCCUUAACAGACUUUGAGAUGAGCAUCGGAGACACUAUGACUCUGGGUAAACUGGGCACGCAGGCAGAGAGGGAUCGAAGGAUGAAAAAAAAACAUGAACUUCUGGAAGAUGCAAGGAAAAGAGGUCUUCCGUUCGCCCAGUGGGACGGUCCCACAGUGGUUUCAUGGCUGGAGCUGUGGGUGGGGAUGCCAGCCUGGUAUGUGGCUGCCUGUCGUGCCAACGUGAAGAGCGGAGCCAUCAUGUCCGCCCUGUCCGACACAGAGAUCCAGAGAGAGAUUGGGAUCAGCAACCCUCUGCACAGACUCAAACUGCGUUUGGCCAUCCAGGAAAUGGUUUCCCUCACCAGCCCCUCUGCGCCGCUGACCUCCAGAACGUCCUCCGGAAAUGUGUGGGUGACUCACGAAGAGAUGGAGAACCUGGCUUCCUCCACCAAAGCGGAUAAUGAGGAGGGCAGCUGGGCACAGACUUUAGCAUACGGAGACAUGAAUCAUGAGUGGAUAGGAAACGAAUGGCUGCCCAGCCUCGGACUGCCUCAGUACCGCUCCUACUUCAUGGAGUGUCUUGUUGAUGCUCGCAUGCUGGACCAUCUGACCAAAAAGGACCUGAGAAGCCAUCUGAAGAUGGUGGACAGCUUUCACAGGGCUAGUCUGCAGUAUGGAAUUAUGUGCUUAAAGAGACUCAAUUAUGACAGGAAAGAGCUGGACCGCCGGAGAGAAGACAGCCAGCAUGAUAUGAAAGAUGUUUUGGUUUGGACCAACGAGCAGGUGAUCCAUUGGGUCCAGUCCAUCGGUCUGAGGGAGUACAGCGGCAACCUGCUGGAGAGCGGCGUUCACGGGGCGCUCAUCGCUCUGGAUGAAACCUUCGAUUACAGCAGCCUGGCGCUCAUCCUGCAGAUCCCCAUGCAAAACACACAGGCAAGACAGGUUCUAGAAAGAGAGUUUAACAACGUUCUAGCCUUGGGAACAGACCGUCGACUGGAAGAGAGCGGAGACGACAAGACGUUUCGACGCUCACCAUCAUGGCGCAAGCGGUUUCGGGCCCGUGAGGGAGGGACGGGUCUGGGGAUGAUGGCAGGCUCCAUGGAGACGCUACCUGCUGGCUUUCGCAUGCCCGCCAUGUCGAUGCCGCCCUCCAUGAACUUGGCUGCCAAGAAACAACUCCAGCCUGAAGCUCCUCCCCCUGCACCGCCGAGACUUGACCCUUCGGCUGUGCGGACCUAUUCCUGCUAACGACACUCUACUUACUAAAAGGAGCACUAGUGCUAAAAGUGCAUUCUCAUUACUUAUACGGACACAUGCUUGCGGCCUUUUGAGAGUGAUAUGCCAAAUCUGGAGAAGGAGGACUGGGUGCGCCAGGAGGGGAAGGGGGGGGCGGAGUCUCCUCCCCUCUCACGCCCAGCCUCUCCUCCCACCUUUCAUCUCUCUCCUCCCCUCUGGACUCGUGCAAUACAGGGGGGCACCUUUUUGACCUUUGCUCCCAGAGAGCGCUCGUUGGCUGCUUUCCGCUGCUGCUGUAAAGGAGGCUCGUCCCGGUCUCGCCUUGUUUACCCCAGUGCUCCCAGUAGCCUCGUUGUUGUGGUGUCGUGUUCCCGCUCUCCUCGUCUCAGCUGUGGGGUCUCGUCCUGGUUCUAAUCGUCCUGAAAUGGCCAAGACCAAAAAAAUCUUCCCGUGUUAACACGACAGUUGUGGAAAAGAUUUAAGGGAGAUGAUGAGCAAGUCGUUGCUUUGGACUCGACACUGAUGAAUACUUGUAUAAAUGGCAGAUCACUCUGCACAUUACCCUUCUACCGGUUAUGCAAGGUAUUGCUCAUUUAUCAUCUCUGUACAUAAAAAUGGAUAACUUAUGUUUUUUAUAGAAAUAUUAUAUAUAUAAUAUAUAUAUUGGAAAUAUAUAUGGAAAGUAAUAUAAUAUUGCUGUUUGAAACCCAAUGCCCUGUAUUCGAUAGUGACUGUUCUCCUUCUCUCCCUUUCUCUCUGUGUUGGACCUUUGCGUGUCGUUCUCUGUGUGCGAAUAAUUGGUGGGAGGGAUUCACAAAAGGAAGCGUGCGUUUUUACAAGGACUCUUCACAGGUUCAUGGGUCCAAUUCUUUCUUCUUCUCUUCUUCUCCUAACCCCCCUCCCAAAACCUUUUGACACAAUGUAGCUGUAAUUUCUCUUCCUCUCUUCGCCUCUGUCGCCUUCUGUAUGAUGCUUUGUAGCCUAGAGAGAGAGAUGCUGUGAGGGUUGAAUAAAGAGUGUGUCAGUGAGUGUGUUUGCGCGUGUGUGAUUGUGCAAAUCAGCCUAUCUCCUGGAGACUUGUGAAGGGGUCGUGUGUUGGUGUGUGCGUGUGGCUGACCCCCCAAACAUGUGACUUUUAUUCUAAAUGUGCGUGUGGAGUUUUAGUGUGGACACUGUAGCUCACUUCUGUCAAUUCCAAACUUUCUUUCAUGUCAAACUAUAUACUGCUGCUCAGCAUCAGCCGGGGUUGACUUGCACUGCUCCACACUGCCCUCCCGAAGCAUCCAAGGCCUUUGGAAUUUUCUCCCAUUACAAUCACAAAUUUCAAUUUUUUGAUUGUUGCUGGUAUUUCAUGUGCUGGUUGAACAAAACAACAAAAAAUACAUGUGAUCCUCAAUUUUAUCAUCAGUGGAAAUCUGAAAAGUGUGGCAUGUAGUUGUAUUCAGCUCUCUGUGGUUUGCAGAAAAACUUUUUUGACUAAACCUCAGAGUCACUCCAGGGUUUCAUCCAAUGUUGCCCACUAUGCAAGAUGCUCCCACCACCUUGUUUCAUGGUAGUGGUGGUUUGUUUAGGGCUUUAUGGGGUCUCAUCCCUACAUAUUAGUGUUUUCCAAGUGGAUAAAAAGUAUAAAUAUUGUCCUUAUCUGAACAUGGAGCCAGAUUUUUACAGAUUUGCUGUAGUUCCUACACAACCUCUACAACUACAACUAAUAUGUCUUUCAUCAGCAAUGCCUUUCUUCUUCUCACUCUUCCAUAUAAAAGGCCAGAUUCCCAUAAUGCAGGACUACUGCAGAGUUUUAUUGGGACUCUUGGCUGCUUCUCUUAUUUUUUACUCUCCUGUCAGUUUGGUUUUAAGCCAUUUGUGUAGUUGAAAGAUGGUCUUUUUUAAUUGUUUUAGAAAAAUCCUAACAAUCUACAGUCUGAUCCAUUCAAAAUGGCCCUUCCCAGUCAAAUACCAGACGAAUGGCAGCAGACUUCCCCCCAGCAAAAUCCCCUCCAUGAACCCAAGAUGUUUAUUACUCUGACUCCACCCUUUCACUAAAGUACAGGGUCUGACCGGAAGAGGAUGCUUCUCUUUAGAUCUUAAUAUCCACAAAUCAUGACAGAAAGAAUAUUUUAGUACAAAUCUAAAAUUUUAAAAGGGAAUUGUAGGCGACCAGCCAAGGACCCAUCAACAAAAGUAGGGAAAUUUUGAAUGGUUAGUACUGUAUAAGCCAUCCAAAGGUUUAGAACAUAUUUUAGAACCUAAUUCUGCCUUUGACCUGUCUACUAUGCUCUGUGGUCUUCAUAAGGCUGGUUUUUCAUCAAUGUUCCCUAAAACAAUCAGUUAAAGCUAUAGUGGAGGAUGCUCUUUUUGCGGGUGGAUCAUCUAUAUAAGUGGUCCUCCUAAUUGUCAAUCAUUCUGGUGAUAUGUUUAAGUAAGGCCAUCCUACGUGCUCGUCUUCAUUUUAACGUACCGGUGGUCAGUCUGACAUAUUGGAAUAAUUCAAAUCUUCUUUUGUAAAGUAAGCUUGUAUGAGAGAUGCAGACAGCACAUUUUAAACAGAGCGUGCAAGAGGAGAAAUGGGCUCGUGCACGCUCUCGCAGGCAUUUAAUAUAAAAAAUUUGCUAAAAUCCUCCACUAUCCCUUUAAGUUGAAUUGGAAUGGUGUGAUCUCUAAUUUAAUUUAGGGAUAAAUAAGUAAAGGUAUGAUGGCAUGCUUUGGCCAUACAAAGAGAUAUAUAUUUCAUUUAAAUUGGGGAAAUAAAGCACAACAAUAUGAGAAUAAACAUAGAAUUUUAGGUCUAGGAAAUUAAAGUCGUAAAAAAAAAAAAUAUGAAAAAAAUAAUUUCAUAAAAUUGCAUGAAUGACAAUAUUACAAGAUUAAAGUGGUAUCAAAACAAAUGUGACACUAAGUAAAUGAUUAAAAAACAAAGUCAUAAUAAUAGAUCUACAAGAAUAGAAUCCUAACAUUAUGAGAUUAAAGUUGUAACCUUAGGGUUAAAGUCGUAUUAUAAGAAUAAAGUCCUAAUAUUACGAAAAAAUUGUCAUGGGAUUUAGCCUGCAAUGAUAAAAUUGCAACACUACGAUUUUAGUGAAAACAUUACAAGAAUAAAGUUGGACUAUUAAGUUAAUAAGGAUCCAGUCGUAAAAUUACAAGAUUAGAGUCGUAAUAGAAUAAACUAUUACAAAAAAUAGCCACGCUAUUAAGUCUGCAACAAUAAAAUUCUAACAUGACAAGAUUAAAGUCAUAAAAUUAUUAAAGUUGAACCGAACAAGAAUAAAUUACUAGCAUUUCUGGAGUAAAGUCUUGAUAUCAUAAAAUUAAGUAAAAUAAAAAGUCUUAACAUUAUAAACAAUAAAAUCGUAAAUAUUACGAGAUUAAAGUCACACCACAACAAAGUCGUAACACAAUGCGAAUAAAGUUGUUAAAUUAUGAGUUUAAAGUCAUACAAUGUGAAAUUGAGGUUGUAACAGAGCGAGAUCAAUGCUUUAUUACAGGACUAAAGAAGUAGCUUUUUGAAUGUAAACUCUCACUAGAAAAAGCAGUUCAAAAUGUUCGAGUUAGGCUGCAGUUUGGGUGACCAUGGUGGAUAACUCUAUUAACGCUUUCAUUUUAUUAAAACUACUUUUUUAUCUGAUAAUAUUAUUACUUUACUGUAAUAUUAUAAAGACUUUAUUCUUAUUACUGUAUUACUCUAUUUUCCUUGUAUUACAACUUGAUUCUUGUAAUUAAACUUAGAAUACUCCAUCGUACUAAGGGAGCUAAAUUAAAGUCCAUGCCACACUUUUAGGGUUUAUAUAGUCUAUUACACACUAUUCUGAAUUAAUCAAAUGAAAUAUGAUAUCCUUUUGGGUUAUAAAGUGAGAAAAUGUUCAGAGUUUAAAGGGUAUGAGUACUUUUGUAAGGCAGUGUAACUUACAGAGACACGUCCGGUCCUGCUCCACCAUUUCACAUUCAGUUCUUAUGAAGAUAUGCCAUUGUGUGGUCUUUACAUGCGGCUGACCAACUCCUCCUCCAAUGAGAACACAACAUAUGGACUGAUGGAUGGCUGUAAAAUGUUUUUUUAUUAAUUAUUGUUUUACAGAUUUUUUUUUUCCAAGGUGUCUAAAAGGUGUAAUGUGCUAUGUGGCAGCUAUGAGUACUGUGUCUUUAUUCCAGGUGUAAAACAAUGCUGACAAAUCAAGGUUUUAUUAUUUGGCCAUCGGGGAAAAAAACUGUACUGUAUUUAUGACACUAUAUAGA